AAUGAAUAUAUUUUGAUGAAGAAAAUUCUAUAGAAAAAGAUUUAGUUUUCCUUUGCAUUUUGAACAUUUUUAGAGCGGGAUUCUUAAAUCUAUAUCUGAUGCAAUUUCAGGUCAACUUGCAGACAUUACAUGUGAGGACACUUGUUGGCAGUAGCUCUCAAGGUUUGAAUGUUGUCGGUGGUGCACAGUUGACAGAACAGGUGAUCUCUUCACCAUGGGAUCUUUGUCUGGUUUCAAGCAGUCUGAUCACCGAGUCUUCCGCUCUUGAAGAAUCAGACAGAGAUGUACUACUAAUUGCCAUGGCAGGAUUGCACCAGAUUUGGGCACUUUUUCUAAAUGAAACUACAUGGUGGAAGGGCAACAAACACAGCAUGUCACGUUCACGUGUGCUGGCAUGGCAUAAGAGAUUCUGAGAGGGACAUAUGUCACUACAAGAUGAUGCUCACCCAGGGCUCAUCGUUUAAUCACCCCUUAUGUUAUUGCUGCAUUGGAUGGUCAUAUCCGAGCAAACCAACAGAUCACUGUGGAUGAAAUUAAUCUUUUGAUGAGAAUAAGUCAUGGUUCCAUACACGCCAUUGUGACAGAAGCACCUGCUAUGCCGCAAAAUCUUGCGUGCAGUGGGUUCCACAUCAACUCACAGAGGAACAGAAGACUCAGAGAAUGGCUGCAUCACUGGGUCACU